GUGGUGUUCUUUAGAGAUACCUUUAAAUGAGUGUCCCACAUUUAAAUUAUUAAGCGUGGUGUUCUUUAGAGAUACCUUUAAAUGAGUGUCCCACAUUAGUUGGACUUUGAACGUGCAGCUCACAAUGCCGUGACUGAUGUAUUUCCUGGGACAUUAGUUAGAGGGUGUUUCUUUCACUUCACCCAAUGUUAUUCAAGCUUCUUGUUAUGCAAUUUAAACUAUAAUGUAAUUCAGAGACAUUACGCAUGCCUGCACACUUAGAAUGUUAUUCAAGCUUCUUGUUAUGCAAUUUAAACUAUAAUGUAAUUCAGAGACAUUACGCAUGCCUGCACACUUUGACGAAAACAACUGCACAUACACAGCCCGGAUGUGAUGCAGUGAGGCUGCAACGUUCCCACAACUACUUGUGUGCAACGACUUCGUUGUAUCCCUGUCCAUCACUCUGCGACAAGUUGGAGUGCCAUUCCACCGAGGGUUCUUCUGCGAUGAUCAGAGCCUGAUGCACCCCUUCAAGUCUGGGACCGUCAGUGCUGCCGUUCUUUACGGUGUGGGCUUUGCCUUACCCUCAGCUUUUAUCAUUGGCAUAGAAUCCUUCCUGGUUUACAAGAACAAGGAUCAGACUGAAGCCCCAAGGAAUGACCUGCUGCUUAAAAUGGUCAGGCAGAGUUUUGAUUAUCUUGUGCCUUUCUUCUUUGGUGCUGCGGUCACUCACAUGACCACAAAUAUCCCCAAGUAUGCCGUGGGACGAUUGCGGCCUCAUUUCUUUGCCAUCUGCCAGCCUGACUGGGCAAGGAUCAACUGCUCUGAGGGGAAUCGUUACAUCACUGAAGAUGUUUGCACUGGAACUGAUGUCAAGGCAAUUCAAGAAGCCAGGGUGUCCUUCCCAUCAGGCCAUGCUUCAGAAGCUGUGUACACGAUGGUGUUCCUCAUGAUCUACCUGCAGAUGAAGCUGACAUGGAGUGGCCUCGCCCUGCUGCGCCCGACCCUACAGACCGGACUGUUCUACAUGGCCUUCUACACCUGCCUGUCUCGCAUCUCAGACUACAAGCACCACUGGAGUGACGUCCUGGCUGGGGCAAUCCUGGGGCUUGUUGUAGCUCUCCUUGUGACAUACAAAGUAACUCCAUUUGACAGAGAACGACGGAAGGUUCAAGAACAGACAACUCAAAAAAGAAAUUCGACUCAAGUUUUGAAAGAGGACAAUGAGAACACUAACCUGUAGUUAGACUGUAGUGCAGCAAGCAAGACCCACGAGCCUAUCUGAUUCACUUGUCAUAUGUUUUGGAAGGGGCUAUAUAGUUAGGGCCUAGGGGUGUCAUUGACUGGAAAGUCUAGUAUUGAUAUAUCAACUCAAAAGUAUCACAAUAUGUCGGAAUAUGUAAUAACAAAUUAGUUGUUUUGAAUAUGUGUAGAUCAAAAAUUCCAAAUUAGACUUGCAAAAAAUCAACUUUAAUUCUAAAUAUGAACUGGGCCGACCGAUUAAAUUGAAUUUUCUGCCUUUCAUAUUAUCCUUUUGAAACAAAGUAAUCUUUAUACAAGUAAAGAUUCUGUGGCAGUGAAUUUUAUCAAAUUCAGUUUGCAUCAUUUAAUCAUGUUGAUCAGAGUAGAAUCUCAUAUAUCUUACAGGUAUUAAUUUAGGAUAAAUAUUCAUACAUUUGUAUCGAUAUAGUAUGGACAUUAAAAACUUAUCGAUAUUGCAAUAUACAAUGACAUCCUAAGCUUUGACACAACAUUCAAUCCGUCUUACACAAACUUAUAUGGAUAACAAAUCUCUGAAUACUCAAAAAGAAGGGGACAGUCAUCUCAGGUACAUCAAUUUGAUAUGUAGACUUGUGUGCCUUAGUCAUGCCAGGAUUUGGUGACUGUGGACUUGAUUGCCAGAUGCUUGUUGAUUUCACCAAAGUGGUAAAUGUUUAUGACCUGCGUCACUUUGUGUACCCUGGCACAGGCCAUCGACCGGCCAUAUGUACGUGAAAUACUCACUCAGUGGAAGUGUUUGCAAUUUCUAAAGGGGAGUCAUAAGUUAAAUUCAGUUUGCAUCACUCUUAAUCAUGCUAGGUAGAGCAGAAUCUCAAUUGUUGUUUGACUUUUAUUGGAAACCUUUUUCUGAUCGUUUUCAUGUUUGUUGAUUGUGGUAUGUCUUGUGUUAAUGACUAUACAGCAUGGUUAGCAAGUACAUAUAUACAAAUAUAUUUUGAUACAUAUUCUUAUGGAGAACACUAUCAAGCCCUAGGACUUGAUCUGAAAAAAUGAUAUAAUAUUUUGAGUGUUUAUUAAGUUUCAUAAUGCCAAUCUUUAUGAAACCUGACAUUUAUUCUUGGAACAUAUACUGACAUGACUGAUCGGAAUAUGACCUUAAUUGAAUAGGAACUGACAUGAUUGAUGGGACUAUGACCUUAAUUGAAUAGAAACUGGCAUGAUUGAUGGGAAUUUAUUACCUCAUUUCUAAUAGGAACUGGCAUGAUUGAUGGGAAUUUAUGACCUUAAUUGAAUAGGAACUGGCAUGAUUGAUGGGACUAUGACCUUAAUUGAAUGGGAACUGACAUGAAUGAUGGGAAUUUAUUACCUCAUUUCUAAUAGGAACUGGCAUGAUUGAUGGGAAUUUAUGACCUUAAUUGAAUAGGAACUGACAUGAUUGAUGGGACUAUGACCUUAAUUGAAUAGGAACUGACAUGAUUGAUGGGACUAUGACCUUAA